AUGAAAUGUCUCCAUCUUGCAUGCUUAGGCGGAAAUAAGGAUAUCUUGACUGAAUGCAUGCAUGAAAGAAGACCAGAUCAAAAAUGCAUGAUAUAUGCUAUUAAUGCUCAUAACUUUGAACUGGCAUUAUUCUUGAAGAUGACAAGUGGUCUCAAAAUUGAUUUGAUGGAAGGAAUAUUGAUCAAUUCAAACUUCCCAAUAUACGCCCUCUAUUUGGAUGUAACAAAUGAUCUCGAUACUCUCUUUGUUUAUUCUCCAUUGUUCAAACUUGCAUCAUUGAGCGAAUAUCUUCUUUCCCAUGGAGCAAACUUCAAUGCAAAAUCAGAACGUGGAACAACUGCCUUGCAUUAUGCCGCAAUGAAGAAUAACUGUACUAUUAUUAAGAAUCUAAUUUCACUUGGAGCAAAUGUCAAUGUAAGAGAAAUUGAGGGAAGAUCGCCACUUCAUUAUGCGGCAUGCGGUAACAGUAAAGACGCAAUUGAAUUAUUGAUUAAUCAAGGAGCAAAUAUUGAAGCUGAAGACAUAUUUAAACUCGCUCCACUUCAUAUUUCUGUGAAAGAAGCUGCAAAGGAAGCUGCAGAAGCUUUGCUUUCUCAUGGAGCCAAUAUCGAAGCUCAAGAUAAGGAUGGCAUGAUACCACUUUUCCAUGCAUUUAAGCUCGAAUCCAAGGGCAAAGAAAUGAUUGAUUUAUUAAUUGCACAUGGAGCAAAUGUCAAUGCAAAAUUGCAAGAUGGUAAAUCGCUUCUUUGUUAUGCAAUAUUAAAUGCAAAUAAAGAAAUGGUUGAAACCUUAAUCAAAGCAGGUGCAGAUGUUAACACUCCAGAUAACUUUAGCGUUCGACCACUUCAUAUGGCCUCUUUCCGUGAUUUACAAGAAAUUGCAAAAAUUCUUGUUGAUCAUGGUGCAGAUAUAUUUGCAGAAGAUGAUGAAGGGCAUAAUUCAAUUCAUUAUGCUAAAGAAGGCAAUAGCAAUAAUGUUUUGAACUAUUUCAAAACAUGCACAUCAACUCAUUGA